AUGACAGCCCAGAAACCAACUGAGAUGACGACAGAGGAGCGAUACGCGCUGGUACGCUCUGUCGGUGAAGAGUGCAUACAAGAAGAAGAACUGUUAAACCUCAUCACAAAGAAGCCAAACAUCCGCUGCUAUGAUGGAUUUGAACCUUCCGGACGCAUGCACAUUGCACAAGGUGUCUUCAAGGCCGUCAAUGUCAACAAAUGCACACAAAGUGGAUGUGAAUUUGUCUUUUGGGUAGCCGACUGGUUUGCUCUGAUGAAUGACAAAAUGUGUGGUGAACUGGAAAAGAUCCGCAUAGUUGGCCAGUACCUUAUCGAGGUAUGGAAGGCCGCCGGUAUGAAUAUGGAGAAGGUGAUUUUUUUAUGGAGUAGCGACGAGAUCACACGAAACGCAAACUCGUACUGGAAAACCGUACUUGACAUUGGCCGCCGAAACACCAUUGCACGCAUCAAAAAAUGCUGUACGAUAAUGGGCAAGCAAGAAGGCACGUUAACCGCAGCACAGAUUCUUUACCCACUGAUGCAGUGUGCAGACAUCUUUUUCCUCAAGGCAGAUAUUUGCCAACUUGGUCUGGACCAGCGCAAGGUGAAUAUGUUGGCUCGAGAGUACUGUGACCUCAUUGGACGCAAACUGAAGCCUGUGAUUCUUUCGCAUCACAUGCUUUCCGGUCUUAAGGAAGGUCAGCCGAAGAUGAGCAAGAGUGAUCCGGAUAGUGCUAUUUUUAUGGAAGACACGAGGGAGGACGUUGAGCGGAAGAUUCGUCAUGCAUACUGCCCACGGUUAAGGCAAAAGAAGGCGGAGGUUCCCGAGGAUGGGGCUCCGGUGUCCAGCGAGGAAAAAAAUCCGGUAUUGGAUUACUUCCAACAUGUCAUCUACUCUCGUCCAGCUGCAAGCACCACAAUUAACGGCACAUUGUACAAGACGUACGAGGAACUUGAAGAGGCCUUUGUCGAUGGUACCAUUACUGAGGAGCUACUGAAGGACGCGCUUGCUUUAGAACUGAAUGCCUUGCUGGAACCGGUGCGUCAUCACUUUGCAUGUGAUCCUCACGCUGCCGGGCUUUUGGAAAAAGUAAAGUCCUUUCGGAAAGGUGGUCAGACACCGCCGUUGACAGAUAUAGGCCCGUUUGAGCAGUCGGAAACGCCACUGGCUGUUGUUUGGCUGCCAACGGUGAUAAAAUUGUCUGUAAAUGUUGCUGUCGCCAUUUCUGAUGCAGUCAAGGCAUUUCUGGAGCAGCACUCCGAUGGAGAAGUCGUUCUUCUUCUUCCUGAGUGGACGGCCUUUUCGUGUGGCGAGGUGACGGGCGAAGAGAAGAAUAUCAGCGCUGCACUCGAGUUGAAUCUUGCGCUCCUGCAGGCGACUUACUUGAGGAAGGAAUGGGUGCGUGUCGUGCGCCAGAGCCAACUUAUUCUGGACAAUCCCAAUGAUUACUGGGUGGCAGCUAUUAAUGCGGGUCGGCGCAACAUGUUGCAGUACUUGGGGGACGUCUGCGGGGAAUUUAAAGCUGCCGGUGACUUGGUUGCGGCUCUCAUGUACGUGGCAGAUGUGGCCAUGUUGAAGGCAACCCACAUUAUCUCCGCGCCUCAUGAGCGUGGCUACCACGAGGUUGUGAAGAAGUUCUUUGAUGGUCGUGUCACGGCCAUCCCUGCGAGGGAAGGGACGGUUCCGCCUCUCCACCGCCCGGAGGCACUCGUUGCCGGUGCUGACGACGUCCUGUUCCUUGACGACACGGACAUGGAUACGCGACGCAAGAUUAAAAAAGCCUAUUGUGCACCCAACGAGGCAGCGAACCCGGUUCUUUCCAUUGCCGCGUGGCUCCUGCGUGAGCGUGGCACGCUGACAGUAGAGAGGGCGGCGGAGAAUGGAGGUAACGUGGCGUACACGAGCGAAGCACGGCUUCGUGACGAUGCGCAGUCAGGCACGUUGCACCCGGCAGACCUCAAGGCGGCCGUCACGAAGCCAUUGCUGGAGGUGUGUGCGGUGUCGAAGGCGGUGCUCUCUAGUGCUGAGGGCAAAAAGCUUUCACAGACGUUGCGUCAGGCCGAGAAGACACUGUCGAAAAGAUCAAAGUGA